GGUACGGCCCCGAGGCUGUGUCGGGCGGUUAGGUGAGGCGGCAGGUUUUUUUUUAACUGGCCCGCCCGCCAUGACGAUCACCUACAGCUGUAUUGCUAAUGGCCGAGCGGUCCUAGCGGAGCUGUCCCUGACCGGCGGCUCCUAUCAGGAAGCAGCGGCAACAGUGCUUCGACUGGUGCUUCUUAGAGCUGAGCCAAAGACCAUAAUGCAGAUGGGAAGCUUUGUCUACCAUACUCUCUUUAUUGAUGGAAUCACUUACCUAUGUGCCACAGACAAUGCCUUGGAUACUAUAACACCAUCUGCAUUUCUUAAAAACGUUAGCGACACUUUUCUGAGAAAUCCUUUGAUGUCACAAGAACAUUUUUCUCCUUCAAAUGCAGUUGCUGCAGAUUUUCAACAAGUAUUAGGGAAGUAUAUGAUGCAAUACAAUAAAAAUCAAGGUGAUAGCUCAAUAUCUACACUGAGGAGCCAAGUAACUGAAGUAAAAAAUAUUAUGUCCAAAAAUAUUGAUGAAAUUUUGGAAAAUGAAGAAAGAUUGAAUAUCUUCACUGAUAAAACCGAUGAUCUCCAAACAACUGCCAAAGAGUCCCAAAAAACAAGAAAGAUUCUCAGGAGGAUAUGGUGGAAACACUUCAGAAAGAUUAUAAUCAUCACCGUGGUAAUUCUCCUCUCAAUCAUCAUCAUUCUUUUAAGUACAAAUGUAAUACCAACCUGACCCUGACCCUUUUUCUCCCCAUCCCCAGCAGUUACCAAUAAAUUGUUGUGUGUAAAUAGAGAGUUCUACAA